AAAAGAAAUAGCGCGUGAACGCACCCUAAAAUGAAAAACCACUUCAGAUCCCUUUUUCUCAUUGUAUACUUAGUAAGGCUGUGUGCACAGAAAAAACACAUCAAAAACUUCAAUAGUUCUGCUAAUAGGAUGCCACCGUUUGUCUAUGUCAGUUUCAGAGGAUGGAGGACCUUUCAUGAUGUCGUGAUCACAUGAUCAGUCACAUGGGUUGUACUUGGUAUGGAUGCUUGGUCAUGUGAUUAUGACAUCAUCAAAGGUCCUUCAUGUACAGUGAGCAGGAAUCUCGUGUGGAGUCAGUAAAUGUUUUCAUGGUUUAUUUCUUCUCUUCUACAUAUCUCUGGUUCCCAUAGACGUCCAGGUAAUCGUGUCUCUCGGCAACAGGAUUUACUUGGUUGUUACAAUUCAAGAGGCGUAUUCCUGCAGAAUACAGUCCUCCCCAUUAAUAGAAUAUUAGUCCUUCUUGUGACCGACCACUCAAGAAUGGACACAGACAGGACUUACAAGAGUCACAACAUGGCUGAGCAGAUACUAAACCUCACGCUGGAGAUCAUCUACCUGCUUUCUGGAGAGGACUACAUGGUGGUGAAGAAAUCUGGUGUGUAUGAUCAUCCCAGCACCUACCCCAUGAUGUCAGGAGGGGGGAGUGAGAUCAGAAGCCCCAUGAUGGUGCCUCCACCUCAGUCCCUGAUACGUGCAAGAAGCAAUGAGCAGAAGAUCCUAGAGCUCACCAAUAAGAUUAUCCAGAUACUGAGCAGAGAGGUCCCUAUAAGGUGUCAGGACGUCACUGUCUAUCUCUCCAUGGAGGAGUGGGAGUAUUUAGAAGGACACAAGGAUCAGUACAAGGACGUCAUGAUGGAGGAUCAGCAGCCCCUCACAUCACAGGAUGGAACCAGCAGAAGUAUAACACCAGAGAGCUGUCCCAGUCCCCUCCCAGAUAAUCCCUUGGAUGAUGAUGAUGGUAUUGAUGAGAAUGAGCUUGAUGAACAUAUCAUUGUCAAAGUGGAAGACACAGAGGGAGAUGAGGAGUAUUAUAGAGGGGAUCUCCCAUGUAAGGAGGAGGAAAUAGCGACUGAUAUCAGGACAGAUGCCCUAUUGAGUCUCCAGUGUACCCCUCCUCCUCCUCCAUCUUCUGAUUGUGACGUAGAAUACUAUACCAUAAGAAAUAUUUUUGGAGAACACUUAAGUACCUCAAAACUACCUUUGGCCAUUCACAGCAGAGAUUUCUCAGCUGAUCCUGAUACUCUAGAAGGAACUUCAUCUGAUCAGUCACAGACUGUUAAACAGCCCCUCUGCUUUGACACAACAAAUCACACCGAGGACGAACAGUUUUCAUGCUUGGAAUGCGGAAAAUGUUUCACUGAUGAAACAAGCCUCCUUGAACAUCAGAGAAUCCACACAGAAGAGAAUCCGUAUUCAUGUCUGGAAUGUGGAAAAUCUUUCACUUGGGCAUCGCAUCUUCGUGAACAUCAAAAAACCCACACAGAGGAUAAGCCGUUCCCGUGCACAGUGUGCGGGAAAUGUUUUGGUCAGAGGACAGGUCUUGUUAGACAUAAGAGAAUUCACAUAGGGGGGAAGCCAUUUGCAUGCUCAGUAUGUGGGAAAUGCUUUAGAACUAAGCAACAUCUAGUGGAACAUGAGAGAAUUCACACUGGGGAGAAACCAUUCACAUGUUCAGAAUGUGGGAAAUGUUUUAGAUUAAGAAACAAUCUUUACGUACAUAAGAGAAUUCACACAGGGGAGCGUCCAUUUUCAUGUCCAGAUUGUGACAGAACUUUUACUCAGAGAUCAGAACUUACUACACAUAUCAGAAGUCACACAGGUGAGAGACCAUAUGCUUGUACAGAGUGUGGAAAAGGUUUUACCCGGAAGCGAAGUCUUAUUGAACACCAGAGAAUCCACACAGGGGAGAGGCCCUAUGGAUGUACAGAAUGUGGGAGGAGAUUCAACCAAAAGCAAGCGCUUGUCGUACAUCGGAGAAUUCACACAAAGGAAAAGCCAUAUUCAUGUGCAGAGUGUGGGAAACGGUUUAACCAGAAACAAGCACUUAUCGUACAUCAGCGAAAUCACACAGGGGAGAAGCCAUAUGCAUGUGCAGAAUGUGGGAAAAAGUUUAUCCAGCUACAGACUCUGAUCGUACAUCAGAGAAAUCACACUGGGGAGAAGCCAUUUGCCUGUGCAGAAUGUGGGAAAUGUUUUGCAAUUAAAACAAAUCUUGAUGAACAUCAGAAAAUUCACUCAGAGGAGAAGCCUUUCUCAUGCUUGGUGUGUGGGAAAUGUUUCAACCGAAGAGCAGAUCUUAUGAGACACCAGAGAAUUCACUCGGGGGAGAGGCCAUUCUCAUGCAUAUUAUGUGGAAAGUGUUUUACAAAUAAGCAACAUCUAGUGGAACAUGAGAGGAUUCACACUGGGGAAAAACCGUUCCCAUGUUCAGAUUGCGGAAAACGUUUCAGAUUAAGAAACAAUCUUUAUGUACAUCAGAGAAUUCACACGGGGGAGCGUCCAUUUUCAUGUCCAGAGUGUGAUAAAAGUUUUACCCAAAGAUCCGAUCUUGUUGCACAUAAGCGAAGCCACACGGGGGAGAAACCUUAUUCAUGUCCAGAGUGCGGGAAAUGUUUUACACGUAAAAGAAGUCUUGUUGAACACAAGAGGAUCCACACAGGGGAGAAGCCAUUUUCUUGUACAGAAUGUGGGAGAUGCUUUAAUCAGAAACAAGCGCUUGUCGUACACCGAAGAAUCCACACAAAGGAGGCUCCGUACCUGUGUUCAGAAUGUGGGAAACGUUUUAACCAGAAACAAGCACUUAUCGUACAUCAGAGGAAACACACUGGAGAAAGGCCAUAUUCGUGUCCAGAUUGUGGUAAACGUUUUAUCCAGCUACAAACUCUUAUUGCACAUCAGAGAAAGCACACCGGGGAGAGGCCAUAUUCAUGUGCAGAAUGUGGACAACAGUUUAUGCAGAAGCAGUCUCUUCUCGCACAUCAAAGGAGUCACUCCAGGAAGAAACUGUUAAAGAAAAAAACAGAAAUUUCCGCUCUUAUCAUCGACGAAGACUCGGACCUGCAUGAACAGCUGGGAGCAGAGGACAAUAGUCCAAUAUGUCCAGAUACACGAGAACCUGCACCGUCAUAUCCGGCUUUAAUAGGAAUAUUGACUGAACCGACCAUUAUGGACACUGAUCUUGUGGCCGUCCUUCAUCCCCUGUGCUGUGGAGCCUCCUGGCAUGCUCCUGUAUUAAAUCCUUCCCAUUUAAGUUCACCCAAGAGAGCUGCCACUCCGAUGUUUAACCACAAAAUGACCGACCAGAUAUUAAAUCUCACCCUGGAGAUCAUCUACCUGCUGACUGGAGAGGAUUGCACCAUAGUGAAGAAAUCUGGCGAGUGCUUGGCGUCCAGAUCUCACCCUCGUGAGUCGGAAGGAGACGAGGACCAAAGCCCCACCAUGAUGCCUUCAUCUCCCUCGGCGACCGUUCCUGAAGAUAAUGAGCAGAAGAUCCUAGAGGUCGUCAGUAAGAUCCUUCAGAUGCUGAGCGGAGAGGUCCCUAUAAGGUGUCAGGACGUCACUGUCUAUCUCUCCAUGGAGGAGUGGGAGUAUUUAGAAGGACACAAGGAUCAGUACAAGGACGUCAUGAUGGAGGAUCAGCAGCCCCUCACGUCACAGGAUGGACCCAGCAGAAGUAUAAAACCAGAGAGCUGUCCCAGUCCCCUCCCAGAUAAUCCCUUGGAUGAUGAUGGUGAUAAGAAUAAGCUUGAUGAACAUAUCAUUGUAAAAGCGGAAAAGACAGAGGGAGAUGAGGAGUAUUAUAGAGGGGAUCUCCCAUAUAAGGAGGAGGAAAUAGCGACCGAUAUCAGGACAGAUGCCCUAUUGAGUCUCCAGUGUACCCCUCCUCCCCCUCCAUCUUCUGAUUGUGACGUAGAACAUUUUACCAAAAUAAAUAUUUUUGGAGAACACUUAAGUACCUCAAAACUACCUUUAGCCGUCCACAACAGAGAUUUCUCAGCUGAUCCUGAUACUCUAGAAGGAACUUCAUCUGAUCAGUCACAGACUGUUAAACAGCCCCUCUGCUUUGACACAACAAAUCACACCGAGGACGAACAGUUUUCAUGCUUGGAAUGCGGAAAAUGUUUCACAGAUGAAAAAAGCCUCCUUGAACAUCAGAGAAUCCACACAGAAGAGAAUCCGUAUUCAUGUCUGGAAUGUGGAAAAUGUGGGAAAUGUUUUGCAGUUAAAACAAAUCUUGAUGAACAUCAGAAAAUUCACUCAGAGGAGAAGCCUUUCUCAUGCUUGGUGUGUGGGAAAUGUUUCAACCGAAGAGCAGAUCUUGUGAGACACCAGAGAAUUCACUCGGGGGAGAGGCCAUUCUCCUGCCCAUUAUGUGGAAAGUGCUUUACAAAAAAACUACAUCUAGUGAAACAUGAGAGGAUUCACACUGGGGAAAAACCAUUCACGUGUUCAGAUUGCGGAAAAUGUUUCAGGUUAAGAAACAAUCUUUAUAUACAUCAGAGAAUUCACACGGGGCAGCGUCCAUUUUCAUGUUCAGAAUGUGAUAGAAGUUUUACCCAAAAAUCAGAUCUUGUUGCACAUAGGCGAAGCCACACGGGGGAGAAACCCUAUUCAUGUCCAGAGUGCGGGAAAUGUUUUGCACGUAAACGAAGUCUUGUUGAACACAAUAGGAUCCACACAGGGGAGAAGCCAUUUUCUUGUACAGAAUGCGGGAGAUGCUUUAAUCAGAAACGAGCUCUUGACGUACAUCGAAAUAUCCACACAAAGGAGGCUCCGUACCUGUGUUCAGAAUGUGGGAAACGUUUUAACCAGAAACAAGCACUUAUCAUACAUCAGAGAAAGCACACUGGGGAGAAGCCAUAUUCAUGUGAAGACUGUGGACAACAGUUUAUGCAGAAGCGGUCUCUUAUCGCACAUCAAAGGAGUCACUCCGAGGAGAAACUGUCCUGUGACAUCAUCGCAGGUCCUUCAUCCCCUGUGCUGUGGAGCCUCCUGGCAUGCUCCUGGUGUCCCAUCCCAGAUCGUCCAUCAUACACAAUGGCGGAGGAGAUCUUAAACCUCACCCUGGAGAUCAUCUACCUGCUGACUGGAGAGGAUUACACGGUAGUAAAGAAAUCUGGAGAGUGUGUGACAACCCGUCCCAUCAUGGUGCCUCCACCUCAAACACUGCUCCAUUCCAAGGAUAAUGAGCAGAAGAUCCUAGAGGUCGUCAAUAAGAUCCUGAAGAUACUGAGCGGAGAGGUCCCUAUAAGGUGUCAGGACGUCACUGUCUAUCUCUCCAUGGAGGAGUCGGAAUACUUAGGACACAAGGAUCAGUACAAGGACAUAGUCAUGAAGGAGGAUCAGCAGCCCCUCACACCACAGGAUCCAGACUCCAGUAGAUGUAGUACACCGGAGAGCUGUCGCAGCCCAUUAGACGAUUAUUCCUCCGGUGAUGAUCCCGACGAUAAUAAGACGGACAACCUGGUUAUUGUCAAAGUAGAAGAGACAGAAGGAGACGAGGAGUAUUAUGCGGCCGGUCACUCCAAUAAGGAAGAUGAGAUAUCGCUUGAUACGGGGACAGAUAUGCUACUGAGUCUCCAGUGUAGUUCUCCUCCUUCAUCAUCGGAUUGUGAAGAAGAAGAAAAUAUUUCUGAAGAACCUUCUGAUACCACAAAUCUACCUAUAGACGACCACAGCAAAGAUCUCCCAUCAUCUGAUCCCAACACUCUCGAAGGACCUUCAUCUGAUCAGUCAAUGACCGAUAAUAGGCCUCCCUGCUUCGGCACCAGAAAUCACAAAAAUAACACUCGAUUCUCAUGCUUGAAAUGCAAGAAAUGUUUCACAAAUAAAACAAACUUUCUUGAACAUCAGAGAAUCCACACAGGAGAGCAGCCGUAUUCAUGUCUGGAAUGUGGGAAAUCCUUUACCUGGAAAUCAAAUCUUUGUGAACAUCAGAAAAUUCACACAGAGGAGAAGCCAUUUGUGUGUUCGUUGUGUGAAAAAAGUUUUAAUCAGAAGUCUGGUCUCAUCAGACACCUGAGAGUACACUCAGGGGAGAAGACACAUUCAUGUUCAGUGUGUGAUAAAUGUUUUACCAAUAGGCAACAUCUUGUUGAACAUCACAGAGUUCACACCAGUGAGAAGCCAUUUCCAUGUCCUGAAUGUGGGAAAUGUUUUGCAAUCAAAUCUAAUCUUUUUGCCCAUCAGAAAACUCACACCGGGGAAAGGCCAUUUCAUUGUCCGGUGUGUGAGAGAUGUUUUAUUCUGAAAACAGAUCUAGUUAUCCAUCAGCGAAUUCACACGGGUGAUAAGCCGUAUUCGUGUUCAAUGUGUGAGAAAAAUUUUAAUAGGAAAAGAGAUCUUGUUAGACAUGAGAGGACCCACACUGGAGAAAAGCCAUUCUCGUGUUCAGAAUGUGGAAAAUGUUUUAUCCAGAAACAAGCUCUUGUUGCGCAUCAGAGAACUCACACCGUAGCAAAGCCAUAUUCUUGUGUGCAAUGUGUGAAAUCUUUUUCAAUUAAAGCAAAUCUUGACGAUCAUCAGAAGGUUCAUGCGGAAGAGAAGCCUUUUCCAUGUUUUGUAUGUGGGAAAUGUUUCAACCGGAAAGCAGAUCUUGUGAGACACCAGAGAAUCCACUCGGGGGAGAAACCAUUCUCGUGUUCAGUUUGUGAGAAGUGCUUUAGGAAUAAACAACAUCUAGUUGAACAUUUGAGGAUUCACACUGGGGAGAAACCGUUCUCGUGUUCAGAAUGUGGAAAAUGUUUUAGAUUAAGGAACAAUCUUCAUAUACAUAAGAGAGUCCACACGGGGGAGCGGCCAUUUUCAUGUCCAGAAUGUGAGAGAUCUUUUACCCAAAAAUCAGAUCUUGUAGCACAUAGGCGAAGCCACACAGGGGAGAAACCCUAUUCAUGUUCAGAGUGCGGUAAAUGUUUUACCCGUAAACGAAGUCUUGUUGAACACAAGAGGAUCCACACAGGGGAGAAGCCUUAUUUAUGUACAGAGUGCGGUAAACGCUUUAACCAGAAACAAGCUCUUGUUGUACAUCGGAGAAUACACACAAAAGAGAAGCCAUAUUCAUGUGCAGAGUGUGGAAAACGGUUUAACCAGAAACAAGCUCUUAUUGUUCAUCAAAGAAGUCACUCUAGGGAAAAGCUAUAGCCAUAUGCAGAAUGGGAGAAAUGUCCUACCAGAUGAGCAGACCCCUGUACAUGAGAGAAUUCAUAUUGGGAGACGUUUAUGUGCAGAAUAUAAAAAAAAUUUCUAAGCUGUGCAUGUUUUUAAAAACUUUCAUUGGAGAAGAUAUUUAAAUUGCGUUUUAUUAAAUGAUUUUACCAAGGACCAGAACUACCACAUCAAUGUCUAUUGGACCUGGUGUCAUAGGAUGCAGUGUGAACUAAAGCUCACGAGAUGUCCGCAAAAGAUUUAUGAGGAAGAGAAAUCCUGCCUUGAUAUAUAGGAAAUAUUUAAAGGGGUAUUCCAUGGAUUUUUUUUAUUUGACUAUGCUACAUGGACUGUAAAGUUAGUGUAGUUCAUAAUUUAGUGUCUGUACCUAUGUUUGGCCGGUCUUGCAAUUCUUAUGUGAUCUUUGCUCCGAUGUUUAUUUUUAGCAGCAUACAAAAUAGGUGUUGUCUCAGCUUUUCCCAGGUUGCAGUGCAGCCUAAGACAUUACAUUACUAGUCAGGUGUUGAACAGGAGCGUGUCUGUGCUUCAAUGGGUGGAGCAACCGCUGGGUGAGGGGGGGGGGGGAUCAUUCUCCACAGGGCUGCAGGGAAUUGUAGUUUCAAGCACAUCACGCAUGGAAGGGAUCUCAGGUGUGCUUUAAUGGGUGGGAGAAAAGUGGCCUCACACUUACAAAGGAUCCUGGGACUUGUAAUUGAAGGUAGGGAACUCCAACAGGAAAUAGCCAGUUCACAAAAAGAAAGCCACAGCGUUAUGGUGGACUCACAAUAGUCAUUUAGCCCCAUAUACCUUAUGUCCUUGAUGUAGCCCCCACUAAAAAUAGUUGCAGGGUGCUAGAUCUGGAGAUUGUGGAAGCAUGGAUGUGGAAUUUGUAUUGGCCGACGCCCGGGAUAUGCAAAUUUUUUAGGCCCUUCGGGCAAGCAGGGCUGGGUCUGAAAGCUCCCGACAAGCACGGUGACGCUCACAGUGGAGUAUGGAGCGGGCUCCCGGCUCCAGCCUGCUCCGUACUCUGCAGCCCCCAGCUGUGUUCAGUAGCUGGGGGCUGCCGCUAAUAGCCAGCAUGCUGGCUAUUAACCCUUUAGAUCGCCUCUGUCAAAGCUGACAGCGGCAUCUAAAGGGACAUGUGAAUGCUCCCUGGUGGGAUAGGGGGGUGGAUCGCACCGAGCACCCCACACCGCGCCGCCGCAGCGCGAUCUGGGGGGCCAUCCACUUUAGAGGUAGCUGGAGGGCUUCCUUGCUGUCUGUGGCUCUGUCAUUGAUAGAUCCUGGCUGGACUAGGCUCUAUCAAUGGAGCGCAGAGCACACAGAUUAAUAGAGUUCAAUAGAACUCUAUUGAUCUGUAUGAGGAAUCUAAUGGUUCCUCCUAAAAGUCCCCUAAGGGACUAAUAAUAUAAAGUGUGAAAAAAAUGUUUAAUAAAUGUUUAAAAGAUACACAUGAACCCUUUCCAUAUUAAAAGUUCAAAUCGCGCCCUCUUCCUAUAUAAACCCAGAUAAACAUAUUUGGUAUCGCUGUCUGCGUAAUUGUACGAAGUAUUAAAAUAUAACAUUAUGUAUCCCGUACAGUAAAUGAGGUAAAUGUAAAAAAAAAAAAAAACACAAUUGCAAUUUUUAUAAUAUCCCAGAAAAAGAGUUAAAAGCUAUUAAAAAGUCAGAUCAAUACCAAAAUGGUACCAGAACAAAAACUGAUUAUGGUGCAAAAAAAUGUGUCCUCAUACAGAAAAUUGCAAGAAAUUUUUUUUUUUUUUUUUUAAGUUCUGAUUUUUUAUUUUUUUUUAAAUUAGUAAAACAUGCCAAAAACUAUACAAAUCUGGUAUUGCUGUAAUCAGGCCGGUCUAAAGUAUCAAAAUAACAUGUUACCUCAACCACAAGGAAAAUGGCGCAGAAAAGAAAAACCACCACAUCUGCAAAAUUAUCUUUUACUAUUUCAAUUUCACUUCACCAAUGUUUUUGUUUCGGAGAAUAUGUUAUGGAAAAUUAAAUGGUAUCAUUAUAGUAGGUAGUUAUGGCUAUUAUAGGGCGAGGAGGAAAAAACGAGAGUGUAAAAGCGAAAAUUGGCCGGACAAGUGGAUCGUCAUGAGGGACAAGUAGAUUUUGCUCCGUUUUAGUCCCGUGGACAAGUAGUUUUUUAUUAAAUUUCCUCACCCCUGGGAGGCCAACACAACAUUGGUGACUCCUAUUUCCAGUGCAGCUAAUCCAACAUUCCAGUAGAAUCUGAUUUCUUUAUCAGCUACAGUAGCUUAGGGAGCCUACCGGGACAAAAUUGCGGGGUUCCGAUCAGCUGAGAGGAUGGAUGGAGGGUGCCUAUCUGCCUCCAGUUCAUCUGAUCGGCGCUCCAAUAGUGCAGGCAGCCUGAUCAAGUCUGUGCUAUAGCAUUGUUUACUGUCUGCAAUUUAGAGAUUAUUUGUAGUAGUCAUCUAUGGAAACUAAAAACAUAAAAAAUGGAGUACUGCCGUGUAAGGCACUCACAAGAUAGGGGAUAAGUGUCUGAUCGGGGGGGAUCUGACCACUUGGACCCCUCGCGAUCUCGGGGGGACCUGGCAUUGUCACGACUGUGAGCUGCUAACGUGCUUGUUGCUGACCUCACUGAGGAUGAUGACGCGUCCCCUCAAUACAGCUCUAUGGGAUAAGUGGGGAUGCACAAACGCUGUAUCUCUGCCUCUCUGAUAGAGAUACAUGGAGGGAGGGGGGGGGGGGGGGUGUCAGCCAGGGCCCUGAACAGGAGAUUGCGGGGGGGGGGUCGCGGGUCCUGCGGAUGGGGAUAAGUGUCUUACACUGCAGAUCUUCUUUAAUAAAUGUGAAUAAGCCCCUUCAGUAAUAAAAAGUUUGAAUCACUCCCCCCCCCCCCCCUUUGGAUAGGGGAUAAGAUGUCUAUGGCCGGAAUACCCCUUGAACUAUAGAUACAUCAUAUGUCUGUCUGAGAUUGUGUAUGGAUGACUGUUCUUACUGAUCAUUGUUUUUUUUUUUACAUGGAAUAAACAUAUUAAACUUUUAACCAACAUAUGUUGAAGUUUUAAGCUCUGUUGGAUUCCGUUUGUCAUUUUCAGCUUUAGGCUCCUCCUGUAUUCGGGAUCUAUUUCUUUAUGGACUUGGUGAAUAUUCCUCAUUGAGUAAAGCUCUCGAUAUUAUUGGGGUUCUGUGGCGGACUGGAGACCUUACAGGAGAAUGACG